UCCCUCCCCAACCCCCAUCCCGAUCCGGACCCGGGUCUUGGCGCGGGGGUGUCCUCUGCCCUUCCCCAGUUAGCCCUCGUCUCUGCCCCGCACUUCCCGCUCUCCCACCUUCCUUUUCACCCCUCCACCCGGUUUCCCCCCACCGAGGCCGACUGCCACUCUAUGGUACUGUUUCCGGGUCAGGGUGACCUCUGGGGUGAGGGUACCGCGACCCGGAGCGGGCCCCGGGCGUGCAGCCCUGACCAUGCGGGCUCACGCGUGGGAGACCGUGCUGCGGGGCUGCAACCGGAAUUCCCGAGUCCCCAGAUUCGCCCCCCACAGGGAAAUUUGCCCGUUCUUCCUGCCCUUCCUCUACAGGCCUUGCUCCUUCCCAAGCAGAUUUUUCUAAAAUCCAAAUCCCAGUCCACUCGGCACCCACUUGGAGCAAUUGAGAGCGUUUUCACCAAACGCCGUACAUAUGGCGUCGGAUUGUGCAACCUGAAAACGCUCCUGUUGUUUUUCGCAUCUGUACAGUGGGUUUUGAUUCCCACCAUGGCUAUCACACAGUUUCGGUUAUUUAAAGUUUGUACCUGCCUAGCAACAGUAUUCUCAUUCCUAAAGAGAUUAAUAUGCAGAUCUGGCAGAGGACGGAAAUUAAGUGGAGACCAAAUAACUUUGCCAACUACAGUUGAUUAUUCAUCAGUUCCUAAGCAGACAGAUGUUGAAGAGUGGACGUCCUGGGAUGAAGAUGCACCCACAAGUGUAAAGAUUGAAGGAGGGAAUGGGAAUGUGGCAACACAGCAAAAUGCUUUAGAACAACUGGAACCUGACUAUUUUAAGGACAUGACACCAACUAUAAGGAAAACCCAGAAAAUCAUUAUUAAGAAGAGAGAACCAUUAAAUUUUGGCAUUCCAGAUGGUAGCACAGGUUUCUCUAGUAGACUAGCAGCUACACAAGAUAUGCCUUUUAUUCAUCAAUCUCCUGAAUUAGGUGACUUGGAUACCUGGCAGGAAAAUACCAAUGCAUGGGAAGAAGAAGAAGAUGCAGCCUGGCAAGCUGAAGAAGUUCUGAGGCAGCAGAAGAUAGCAGACAGAGAAAAGAGAGCAGCAGAACAACAAAGGAAGAAAAUGGAAAAGGAAGCACAGCGGCUAAUGAAGAAGGAGCAAAACAAAAUUGGUGUGAAACUUUCAUAACAAAAUGUCCUUCAGAUGCAUAGUACCAGUGGGAGAAAUGUGAGCUCCACAACCCAAGCAACAUUUGUAUGGAGCUAAGAGUAGUUUCAGAAUACAAAUACACUGCUUGAUUUUGAUGCAUUCAUCAGGCCAUACAGGACACCAGGAUUCUCUCAAAGUCCCUUGAACUCUUGGUGAUUGAAACUCAAAGAACAAAAAAGACUUGUGAGACGAUAUUUUCUUCAACAUGUUCCAACUGUAAGACAAUUGUUUGCUGUAGAGAAAUUAUUACAAAUGGAAUAUAUCAGUACCUCUUCAAGCUAGUGUUUCUAGCUAAUUAAAUGGGUGUAAAUUUUAUGGUGGGAAAGAACUCUGCUGUCUAUAAUGCUUUCCUUCAAUGUGCAUAAUGAUAAAAUAAAUAAUUUUAAAUAUUC